AUGGGCAGCGGUGUGGGGAAGACCAUCUGGGCUCUGGGACUCUUGCUGCUGCUGCUGCUGCUUGGUGCUGGCUCUGCCCGGAACCUGUGGGAAGGAGGGCUGCAGGUGAGGCUGCUAAGAAAAGGCCGUGCUGAGGAGGUGGGCGCGCCCGGGCAGGGCCCCCGGCCGCUCCGUGACGACAGCUGCCCCCCACCCCCACGCACGCUGCCGCCCGACGCGUGCCAGGUGGCGCGCUGCCAGGCGGACACUGAGUGCCAGCACCAGAAGCGCUGCUGCUACAAUGGCUGCGCCUACGCUUGCAUGGAGGUCGUGCCUCCCCCGCCAGUCUUAGACUGGCUGGUGGAGCCAAAACCUCGAUGGCUUGGUGGCAACGGCUGGCUCCUGGAUGGUCCUGAGGAGGUGUUGCAAGCAGAGACAUGCAGUACCACAGAGGAUGGAGCUGAGCCCUUGCUGUGUCCCUCAGGCUACGAGUGCCACAUCCUGAGCCCAGGUGACAUGGCCGAGGGCAUCCCCAACCGCGGUCAGUGUGUCAGGCAGCGUCGGCAAGCAGAUGCGCGACUUCUAGGACAUAAAUUUUACAGAGAAUACCCAGAGGGCGCCUCCAAGAACGUGGCGGAGCACGGUCGAGGCCAGCAGAGGCACGUUUAG